UCAGUCUAUUUUAUUGGGUGCUUCCUAUGUACAAAGCACAAUGCUGAAAAAUUUUUUAUCUGCAUGAUUCCAUCGUCCUCCCCACAGCCACACGAGUGGGUCCUAUCAUCUCCAGUUUAUCUGUCUGACUCCAAAACACCGAUGUCUGACUUCUCUCCUGAACUACAGACCGGAGCCACUCAACACCCACCCACCGGGUCAGGAGAGGAAAGGGCCCGGGUGGGUCAGGUGCCAUUUCCGAGGGCACCCCUAUCCCGGGGCCCUGAGAAGAGCAGCCGUGAUGGAUUCUAAAGCCCAGCCCCGGUCCGAGCAGCAGAGCGCCCCUCCCCACGGCCUCUCCGGCCAGCUGUCCAGUCUUCAGCCUCCCUGAGGAGCAGCCCCAAGAGAGGCCUGAGGACCUGGGGUCUGCCCCAGGGGCCUGGGAAUGCUCUAGGACACACAGCCCACCAGGAGGAGCCGGGGUGGGGACCAGGUUGAGAAGGUGUCUUUGCCACGUGCCACCUGACUUCAGCACAUGCGGGGUGAGAGCUGGGAGCACGGCUGCCCUCAGGACCCGGGGUCCUGUCUGUCCGGAUGCUGGUCUCGGCCUUAUUUGAAAGCCUGACCCAAACGCCUGCCUCCUUGCUCUGUAUUUAGCUUGGAUCUUUGUCGUCAUAUUAUUUUUAACCCAAUUCACUAUCUUUUCUGAAAGUUCCAAAUUCAAGUCUUUGGGUCUCCAGAAACAAAAAUGGGAAUAGCCAGAGAGACCAGGGCCUCAAGGCGUGCUGGACAGUGACCCCAGAGGGCGUAGCAGGCAGGCAGGGGCUGGGGGCUUUGUCCUCCAGAGAGAAGGGGUCCCAGUCCUCCACCAGCCGGGUCUGGGAAGCAAGGAAGAGUCCCAGGCUGGCCCAGGGCCUGCAGGCCACUCCACGCCGCCCUCCAUCACUCUCGCCCUCCGGGGUUUUCCGCCAGGGCACCAGGAGGAGUGUUGGUCCACUGGCAACUGUUGCCUCCUGGUGGUCCCGCCGAGGACGGCAAGCUGCCACUGGGCCCCUCUGGGGGCGGGGGGGAGGGGGGCUCUCAGGGGCGUGUUCUCACAGGACACAUCCUGCAGCCCCUGGAACAUGAUGGGGGCCCCAGCAGCCAGGAUGGAGGGGCUGCAGAGAAGAGAAGAGGAACGAGAGAACGCAGAGACGGCGAAGGAAAAGGGAAGAAGAAAGAGAGGAGGGGACGGUGGCCCUCAGCUCUCUGGAGAGGCCCUGAUUGCAUUUGGAGCCCAGCUGAGGACUGCUGGCCUGGAGGAGGCUGGUGCGCCUCGCAUGGACGGGGGUCCUUUCCCGUCUCACGUACCCGGGGAGUCUGAGCCCCAGAGGAGGGUCUGCCCCGUAGCUCUCUGCACGCAGCAUCCUGGCCCCAGUUUCGGGCUUCCCUCCCCUUGAGGCAGGGAAGCGCCCCCCACCCCCAGCUUCACCCCCCAAGUUGGUUGUACGCACUUCGUGCAGCUACUCACCGGCCUGCAGCCUGGCCCGCGCCCCGUCGAGAGGGAUCUGGCCCACAGAGGCCAAGGCCGGCUCGCAGGCCCCUCCUGUCCCCCACUGCGAGCUGCAGGAUGCGGUCAGGAGAGGAAGCAGGACCUGCUUCGAGUCAUUCUGGGGUUUCCAAAGAGGUCCUCGCCGAGGGCAUCGACGGGGCACCGUCUGGGCCACUGAGAGCCACCUGCUCUUCCUCAGCCCACAGAGUGAGGGGGCGGGGAGGGAGGGUGAGCAAGGCGAGCCCUGGGGCCUGGGGAUGCGAGGCAGCAGGACCGGGCGGCUCCCACGGGGCAGGGAGAGGGCUGGGGCGAGAGCCCCUCUCUGUGUGGGAGGGUGGGCAGGGGGCUGCGGAGACCCCACCGGAUUCCCCUUCCUCUUCAUCAGUGAGAACUGAGAACCUUUUCCCCAAGACCCGUCACCACCUCCCAGAAAGACCCACCUGAUGGAGGAGAACCCCUGCCCCCUUCUGCCAAAGUGGGGAGGAGACAAAACCGGUGGGGGGCCCAGUGGUCUCUCCCAGAUGGCUCCUCCCCCGGCCCCACAGUCUGAGCUGGUCCGUUCCCGGGGAGGGCUCUGCGUUCUGCUCCCAGGACACCUGCUUCUCAAGCCCCAGCUUCUUCAGAUACUUGGGGCCCGGGUCGAGCCGGUUCCUGAGACGCGGCAGCAACUCAAACUACAGCCUGAAGGCACGUAGACACAUAUUGUUUGACUCCUUUCAAUUUGUAAGACGAUAAUCAAACGUGUACCAACCAGAAGAUUUCUCACAGAGUUUGGGAUUUCCAUCUCUUAUUUUUCAAACAGAAGCUUUCUUGCUGUGACAUUUGCGGUGACAGCCCCCUCGAGACAGAGCCUGAGUUUUCGAAUUUGCCGCAGUCUCCACCAUGCCCUUUUGGCUCCCCGCUCCCCAGCUGCAUGCACUAAGGCCAGGCGGGAGUCUCCACGUGUAUCAGAAUACCAGGAUUCUUACACCAGACGUGCUUCAUUCCUUCACUUUGUCUGUCUGACCCUUUAGGUAUUUGAAGGUUUUCAGCCACAGCCGUAGGGCUACGGAAUCAGAAAGAUGGAUCUUCCGGUCCUACAUCAGUCACUGACCGGGGUGUGGUUCUAACCCAAUUACGGAGAUUCUCCAGGCUUCAGUUGCCUUAUCUGUCCAUGAAGAUAACAGUAUUGCUACAAAUCUCAAGAUUCCAACUGGGUUCGCAAGACACACAUACCACUUUAUUUCUUUAAAAUCAACUUGAUUCUGUCCUGGGCCUGCUGGGAGGGCAAAAAAUCCCAUUUUCUCGUACAGAGUCCUGACAGCUUAGGGGGCCCAGAGAGCAGGGCGAGGCCGACAGCCUGGUGGCUGUAGCCCCCAGGGGUGUCCCGUGGCCUGGGGCUCCUGCUGCCUGGACUCUGUUGAACCGAGAAAGCUGGGCCCACAUCCCGGCUCUGGUCGCUGCUGAGGUCUUGCCCCCUCCAGGGGCUCUGCGGGGGUCCUGCUGCUCAGCGCACACACUAGUUUCUCUCUUGUUCACAGUCCACCCCACCUUGUUCUCCUGGCCCUCAAAAGCCACGUCCUUGCUCUUGCCCCUCAGGACCCCCGCCCAGCACAGUCUCAGUAGGCUCAGGGCUGAGGCUUCCAGGAAGCUUCUGCUCCCCAACUGCAGACAAGGUAGGGGUGAACGGGAGGGGGGAAAAGACAAAUCAAUAUUUCAAUAGACUACCCCACGGCAUGAGUAAUAAUAGUAACGCCCACCUUCAGAGGCAGUUUGCCCUCUGUCCAUCCCGUCGAUGCUCCCAGAAUUUCCCCUCUUGGUCCUUUUCUCAUUUGGCACCCCCAUCCCAGGGAAUCUCAGCCAGUCCCGGAGCUCAGCUGGUAAUGGCUCCCAAGGCCUCUUCUCCAACCGUCCUUGUGCCCUAGAGCCCCAGCCGGGCUGCUCGCCGGACACUCGCAUCAAUGUCCUCAGGGGGACGCAUCUGACACGGGACUCUCAAGUCAGACACCUGGGGACCCCCGACUCUUCCCUCCCCCUCACUGCAAGGCCUUACUCGAUCCGCUCAGAGUGAGCCCUGGUCUACCUCCUGCACAGCUCUUGACCGCGCCCCCCUCCCCCAAUGCCACAACAUGAGUUCAGGCCCCGUCGCCCCUUGCCUGGAUGACCGUCUGCCCAUGCUUUCCCUUCUCUCCAAACUCGCCUCGCUCCAAUCGCUCACACACCAAAGUGAUCCAAAAGUGGGUAUGGGUCGGCCCAGGUUCUCUCCUGGAUUGAUGGUCUUUGGGAGUGUAUCGGUUAAUUUUAUGUGUCAGCUUGCCUAGGCCCAUGGUACCUAGAUAUUCAGCCAAACGUUAUUCCAGAUGUUUCUGUGAAGGCGUUUUUCAGAUAAGAUUAACACUUAAAGGAACAGUAGACACUGAGCAAAGCAGAUUUACUUUCCAUGAUGGGGGUGGGCCGCAUCCAAUCAGUUGAGGGCUUAACAGAAAAAAGACUGACCUCCUCCGAUAGAGAGGGAAUUCUGGAGCAGACUGCCUUCAGACCUGAACCGCAGCUGCUCCCUGGGUCUCCAGCCUGCAGAUUUUGGAGUCAUCCUCCUUUCCCAUAGCAGGAAAAAAUUCCCUAAAAUAAAUCUCUCUCUCUCAAUAGCUGGAUAGAUAACGAUAACUACUAUUGGUUCUUAGUUCUGUUUCUCUAGAGAAUCUGACUAAUCUAAGUAGCUUCUCCUCAAUUUCAGGACAAAACCCUUAAAUCUUUACCUGGUCCACACGGCUCUUCAGCCGACUUAGUUCAUUUCGUGCCUUUGUACAAAUUAGAAAAAGCCACCGCCUGGAGACAGAUGCAGCUCUGGCCGAGGCUCGGGGCUGGGUGGCUGGAGAACGCAUGAGCCUUCCCUCUCAGUGUGGUGCGCAACCUGGACAACCACCCAGAGCUGCCCUGCUUCCUGAGAGGCCCCUGCCUGCCAGUUCCGCCUCCCGGCUCUUCCAUCUUCCGUUCCCUUCCCUCGUCCUCCUCCCACACCCGAAUUCCCUGCGGCUCCUCUGCCACUCGGCUUCUGUACAUCCCGUCAGGGAUGCCCCGCGCUCCUCCUCCUCCCGAGCUCCCAGGGCUGGGCCCCCAGGAGCCGGGCCGGCCGCCCCUCUCCCGGCCCCGGUGCUGGCCGCCGCUCCCUUGACCCUGCUGCUUGAUGACUCGUCUGGACUGGAGGGUCCUCGGGGAAGGAACUGGGAUCCCGGUCCACGUGCUGGGCACUGGGUGCUCAGUAACUGUCAGCCGAGCGGAUGAAAGAGGGGCGUGCGCGCGAGCGAUGGGUGGACGGACGGGCGGACGGACGGACGGACGGGCGCACUGGCUCGCGGGAGGCGGCAGGAGGCGCUCACCACCGGCCGGCUCCCUGCCCUCCCGGCCGAGCUCCGCGGCCGGGCCCAGGAGGGCAGUGGGCCGGGGCCGGAGGAGGGGCGACCCCCGCCCGGCCAGCCGCGGUGCGCACGAGGGAGGGGACGGCGAGGCCCCCCCGCGCCUCGGUUCCCGCGAUCGCGCCGGGGUCCCCGGGCACGGAGCGGCCCCCGGCCGGGCCGGAGCGCGCGGAGGAGAGGCGGCGCGCGGCCGGGAAUGGAGCCGCCUCCCGCCGGGGCUGCGGAACCUGGCGGCGCGGGGGGGCCCGCCGCGCGCGCGUCCGAAAGCGGGAGGAGGGGGGCAGCCCGGGCCCUGGAGCCGGGGUCCCCACGGCACCUCCACCCCUGCUGGCCCCUCGGCACCCCAACCUGUGGCCCCGCCCCGACGCUUGCCCCGGACUCUCGAACCCCCUCCUGCGUCUUUCCCCUCUCUCCUCCGGGCCUUGGUAUGCCCCAGGGGACAGAUGUCUUGGGAUCUUUAACAUUUGGGAUGCUGCAAAUGCCGAAGUUAAAAGAAAUACCUCCGGGGAGGGAAGGCCGGGGGGCAGCUCGGGGAGAGGGAGGGUGGGCUGGACUCCAGUGUCCUGAAGCCUCGAGGCUGGACCGGGGGGCGCGCGGGCAGGCGGGCGGCGCCCGAGCUCCAUGGGACAGCUGGGGAAACUCCAGGCCACCUACACGUCCUGGCUCAGGCUGGGAGCAGCGUCACCCCUCCCUGCUGUGCGCCCCCUCCUCCCAGGAAUCCACUAUGGAGACUAAGGAUGAGAUCAGCGACACCGACAGUGGCAUCAUCCUGCAGUCUGGCCCCGACAGCCCGGUGUCCCCGAUGAAGGAGCUGACCCACGCGGUGCGCAAGCAGCAGCGGGCCCUGGAGCAGCGGCUGGAGGCCUGCCUGGAGGAGCUGAGGAGGCUCUGCCUGAGGGAGGCGGAGCUGACGGGCAUCCUGCCAGUAGAGUACCCCCUCAAACCAGGGGAGAAGGCCCCCAAGGUCCGCCGCAGGAUCGGAGCAGCCUACAAACUGGACGAGCGGGCCCUGCACAGAGAGGACCCCCUGAGCAGCCUGGAGAGGGAGCUGGCCCUGCAGCUGCAGAUCGCCGAGGCGGCCCGACGGCUGUGCCGGGAGGAGAACCUUGGCAGGCAGGCCCGUCGGCAGCGCAAGCUGGCGCUGCUGCACGAGGAGAAGAAGCUGCGGGAGCUGGAGCGCUGUCUGGGCGAGCGGCGGCGCCACAGCGGGCCCCCACCCGCCACCACGCUGCCCCUAGGCCGAGAGCUCAGUGCCUCCGAUGACAGCUCCCUGUCGGAAGGGCUGCUCCUGGAGGAAGAGGAAUCCCAAGCACCAAAACCUCCCCCAGAGUCCCCGGCUCUGCCUUCCCGGCCUCUCCCACCCCAGAGCCUCGAGGGGCUGCAGCCAGCAGGACCUGAGACUGGGGGCCUGGAGCGGGCCCCGAUCCAGAACAGCCCGUGGAAGGAGACCAGCCUGGACCACCCCUACGAGAAGCCCAGGAAAUCUUCUGAAUCCAAUAGCGAGUCCAGCAGCCCAGCCACCACCCCACAGGACGGGCCCGGUGCCUCCAGCCUAUGGCUGCUGGAGCCCGCCACCUACCACAUGGUCCCCCUCCGCAGCAUUCCCAGCCAGCGGCAGGGCCGCACCAGUGCCCCAGCCACCCCCGAGAUGCAGGGGAGGAGGGGCCAUUCACAGUCUCUGAGGAUGGAGUCCUUCCGGGCAGGUCCCGAGGGCCGGGGUCGCAGCGCCUUCCCCCGCCGCCGUCCCACGCACUACACGGUGACUGUGCCGGACUCCUGCUUCCCCCGGACCAAGCCCCCGCUGCCCCAGCCCGCCUGCCACUCCUGCUCAGAAGACAGCGGCUCAGACGUGUCCAGCAUCUCGCACCCCACCUCGCCGGGCAGCAGCAGCCCCGACAUCUCCUUCCUGCGGCCGCUCUCCCCACCCGAGCCGCCUCGCCUGCGCGUGGCCUGGGGCCCGGGGGCCGGCAGGGAGCUGGCCACCCCCUCGCCCAGGCUGCUGCUGCCCCCCGGCUGUGUCCCGGCCGCGCGCUACGUGCUGGUGGCCCAGAGCCACCUGCCACCGGGCGAGUGGCAGCUGUGCGGUGCGGUGCGGGGCCCUGGCGAUGACCAGUGGCUGGUGCCCCCCCGCAGCCGCCUGGUGCGGACGCCCUCGCUCAAGGACAGCCCGGCCGGCCGGGGGAUUAGCAGGGCGGCGGUGACCGAGGAGCUGCGGUGGUGGCACGAGCGCGCACGUCUCCGCAGCGCGCGCCCGCACUCGCUGGACCGCCAGGGGGCCUUCCGCGUGCGCAGCCUGCCGCCCGGGAGAGAGGGCCUGGGGCGCGCCCCGGGUCCCCGGCCACAGGUGCCCACGGGCUGUGUGCUCCGGAGACCGCCUGAGGGGGGCCCCGUGCAAGUCUUCGUGCCUGAGAACGGAGAGAUCGUCAGCCAGGUGUAGCCAUGGCUGGGUGGACCUGUGCUCCAGACGCCCAGCUGCCGGGAGGACUAUUCCACAGCAGGGCUGGGCCGAGAGCUCCCCCAGGAGUGCCUUCUUCAGCUCCCUCGUCCCCAUCGCAGGUCGAUGACCUGGAGCUGAGACAUUUUUUUUUUUUUUUACCAGUUUUUGUCCAGAAACCCUGGCUUGAGGACUUAUGUUUGCGAUUUGCCUUCAAGAUCCCUGUAAUAUGAUGAUGCUGUAUCCCCCAGAGACUGGCCCACUGGACUGGAGGCCUUGUCUGUC